GGGCAUCCAUAUCAUGAGUUGUUGGACGAUGUAGUUUUUUAAUUAUAGAACCAAACCAAUGAAGUCUUUUAAAUCUUGAGCUAAUAAUCAAUUAAACAUACGAUAAGUGAAAAAUGGUUCCCACGACAAACAACCGUUACUUGCUCCGACUGGCUUUAUCCUGCCGGAAAAUAACAGCUCAGGUAACAAACUCCGGCACCGAUACAAUCAUAGCAAUGGCAUCAUCUACUGAACAAGAAUUCAUGGCCCAUUAUCGAUCCAAACUCACAACUUUUCCAAGAUCUCAUAAAUUUUGGGACGCCAAAAUCGCUUCUAGAAUCGGCGAAAAACUCGGAGGUCGUCUUAACGAAAAGGGUAUCUCGGAAAUUGAAAUUGACGUCAUUCAAGAGCUUUCUCGGCCUCUUCAUUACCGGAAAUUGGUUGUUCCGUUUUUACUUUCGGUUAAACGUGCUGGAAUUUGUGUAUCUGGGUCGGAUGAAUUGGUAUUUACUGUGGUGAAUCAUUCUGGAGACAGAGACCAUGAAUGAAAGAAAGCUAUAAAUGAAAGAACAAGUAAGAAACUCGAGGUUAAGUGUUCCAGAACUUCAUAUAUAUGAUCUACGGGAUCCUAUAAUGAGCCAACCAAUGAGGCAGCCGUUGAUCUUGUCUCUGUGUUUCUUCUUUAUCUCCAUUACGUCUAGCCAAGUAUGUCUCACUGCAUUGACAUAUACAUUCCAUCAGUUCUUGUUCUAUAAA